AUCGAGGUGAAGACGAAGUUUCCGGUGGCAAGGAUUAAGCGGAUUAUGCAAGCGGAUGAGGAUGUAGGGAAGGUGAGCCAGGUGGUGCCGCCGGCUGUGGCCAAAGCCCUUGAACUCUUCAUGAUCGCCCUCGUCACCCACUCCGCCACCGAAGCCAAAUCCCGCUCCUCCAAACGCGUCACCGCCCAACACCUCAAGCAAGCCGUCCUGCACGACGAGAAAUUCGACUUCCUCACCGAUAUCGUGAGCAAGGUGCCCGACGCGCCGCCUCCGACCGCCAAGGACGACAGCGAGGGCGACGGGAAAAAGAAGCGG